CGUAAUAAGACAAGAACGUGACCACGCCGAGAAAAUGUCGUAAUCGAUGCUCAGCUCGCCCUUAAAGACUUUAAAAAACAUUCGGAGCCUUCCAUUUUUUUGAAGUUGCGUCCGUGUAAGUUGUCGGGUACCUGCUCGGUCUCUUUAUGGGCCGCACACAAACACGGAGGUUCGUUUGAGGAAGUGAAGAAUGUGAAGAGGCGACGAUGUGCUCCACGCAAAGCAACGCGGAGCUCCAGCCGACCGCCUCCGACCCGGCGCUCAUCCUGGAGCUGAAGACGCGGCGACCUCCGUCCCUGGAAGGCCGACCCGGGUGCGAGACCUGGAGCGUGGACUUUUCCCCCGACGGAGCCUGGUUCGCCUGGUCCAUGGGACACGGCAUCGUGUGGGUGGUCGCCUGGCCCCUCGACUCAGAAGAAUGUCAGGACGGGGGUGUGGACCGAGGAGACAAGAGCUUCAGCUGUGGCCAUCCAGUUUGGGGACUCGCUUUCGGACCCAGACCUCCAAAGGCGACUGCAGCCCGGACAGGCGGUGCUAAACCAGCACCAAAAGGGAACAACAGUUUACUUCUGGCCACAGGCUUGGAAAACGGCGUGAUCAAAAUCUGGAACGUUCUCACAGGCGUCGCCGUGUUUGACCUCCACGGCCACGAAGGCGUCGUCCGACACCUGGCGUUUCCUCGGAACGGGACGCUCAUGCUCGUCUCCUCUUCCCGGGACAAGACGUUGAGGAUAUGGGACCUGGCGCACAAAGGUAAGAAGGCGCACGUGCUGUUGGGUCACAAGGACUGGAUCAGCUGCUGCAGCGUGUCGCCAGACUGCAGCAUGAUAGCCACGGUGGGCAGGUUUGACAGAAUGGUGUGCCUGUGGAGUCUGCGCUCAUACACCUUCAUCAGGAACCUAACGGGCGGCGACCACAAGACCCUGUACCUGCUCUCCUCCUGCGACUUCUCCCCCGACGGCGCCCUGUUGGCCACGGCGGCCUUCAGCGGCGCCAGCUGGUGGAUCGACCUGUGGGAUCCGUACACCGCCGAGAAGCUGGCCACUCUGGUAGACUACUUUGAGGGCUACGGGCAAAACCAGCUUUCUUCCAUCCAGUUUUCACCAAACGGCUUGCACCUCUCCAUUGUGACUGAAAAAAGACCACUUUGCAUCUGGGAGCCGGGCAAACCGGGCAUGGUCAUGCAGACCAGAGCUGACAGGGAUUCUAAUGGACUGUGCUGCAACUACCAUCCACAAGGUGGGGUGGUCGCCACAGGCACCCGCGAUGGCCACGUGCGGUUCUGGAAGGCGCCCCGGACCGUGCCCAACCUGCGCCACCUUUGCCGCUCCAUCCUGCGGCACUCGGUGUCCACGCACCAGAUGGAGCCGCUGCCCCUCCCCAAGAGGAUCCUGGAGUACCUCACAUACCGCGACAUCCCUGACUGCUUUACGGACCGCCGAGCCUCAUCAGACACCACUUGGCGGCAAACUUAAGAGAAAAAGAGGAAGCCCUGCCUUUUUUUAAGCAACACAGCGGGCCUCAUUUACAGCUAGUGAUUGUUUAACUGCCUCAUGAUGAAAAUGUUUAGUUUGUUUGUUUGUUAGAUUUUAAUGGAGCCUGUCGUUUGAUUGGCUGAGACAUUCCCACACUAAAGUUUUAUUGCACUAGCAAGUCACUGUUAAAUGAUAUAUAUUCUUAAAUAUAUAUAAUACUGCUGCUAAUUUAUUUUGUAUAUAGGAAAUGUGUUUCUAAUGUUCCACCUCUGAUCUCAUGCACCACUACUGUACCGGCAUGCUAACUGCUGCAUAAACGAACCACAGGAAGUAGUUUUAUUAAAAACAUUUACGCACA